CGAGGCCUCCCGCCUCCCUCCCGCCCUCCCGCCGCCGCCUCAGCUCCAGCCCGCGUCUCGCCUCGCCGUGCUGCCCGCACACACACCCCCACCCGCCCGGCUCCGCAUCCCGCCGCCUCCUCCUCGACUCCCAGCAUGGUCAUCAAGGUCUACAUCGCCUCCUCCUCCGGCUCCACGGCGAUUAAAAAGCAGCAGCAAGAUGUGUUAGGUUUCUUGGAAGCCAACAAAAUUGAAUUUGAGGAAAAGGAUAUCGCCGCCAAUGAGGAGAAUCGGAAAUGGAUGCGCGAGAACGUCCCUGAAGACAGCCGGCCAGCAAGCGGGAACCCCCUGCCACCCCGGCUCUUCAACGACAGCCGAUACCUCGGGGACUACGAAGCUUUCUUUGAAGCGCGAGAGAACAAUGCGGUAUAUGCAUUUUUAGGCUUGACUGCGCCACCUGGUUCAAAGGAAGCCGAAGCACUGGCAAAGCAGCAAGCAUGAAUUUCAACUGCCUUAAAUGUUCUGUAAAGGGAAUUUCCACAGCUUUUUAUAAAAUAGUACAAUUGUCUCUGCUUCAAGAAAUAUAGAUGUGAUUUCUAACAUUUGAUUGGUGCUUGCAGCAUUCACCAUACAUAAUACAAAUUUGAACACAAGAUGAAAAUGUGAACAUAAAGGUAGGGAGCACAGAGUGUAUUAUUGCAAAGUUGGAAGCAUAGCAAACUGAAGCAAUUGGACAUGAAUGAUUUUCACAUAGUUUAAACUGUCUUGGCAAUUCGUCCAUUUUGUGUAAAUCUCAAGAAACUAUUUUAGUACUAAUAAUACAGAUGGGGUUAUACCUAGAGAUCCAACUAUUUAAAAUAUGGAAAACAAGCAACAGCAUCUAAAACCUUAUCAGAUACUAACUUUAGUGCCUGAGUUGCCUCAAAAAUGUUACUGAAUUACACAGUAAUUUUUCAGUGUCUUUUCUGGUUUCAGAUGAAAUUGUAGGUGGUAUCGUGUAGUAUAGCCAUUGUAGUAACUUUUGAAAGUUGUGUUUGUUCUUUUGUAGAAUGGUUAUUUAAGAUUUGUAUUGUAACACGCUGUACAGAUGAUAAGAAAAAAUAAUAAUGCCAUGUAUUUCUCAUUUAAGUGAUCCAUGUGGGCUCUUUUGACAAAGAAAAAGGGAUUUGGGCAAUGGACAGCCUUUCCAUUGGCAAGUUAAUCACACAGCUGCCUAAGCAUGACACGAUUACAUGUCUGCGUGCAAGAUUCAGUGCACCUCAGCGACGUAUGCGCUAAUUCCCAGGCAAUGUUGCAAAUAAGCCAAAAUGGCCAGAAAUGGCAUUUCCUUACCUGUGUAAGGGUGAAAGCCUUUAAUGUAUUUCUCUACAAAAAUACCAGUUCACACUGCUUAUAGCAUUAGGCAUCUUAUUGCAUGUUCAAGUAGUCAUUAGAUUCAUAUAGUAUUUUUUCAAACGGGGAAAUAAAUGUUUGAAUAGCAAGAACUAUUGUAAUUAAGCAAGACCUUUUUUUUUUUUAGGGUUUAAAACCUUUUUUUCCAUUGUUAUUGCUAUAUCAUGAAGCUAUUACAGGAAUUGCAGAUCUAUUAAAGUGGCUUGUAUUGGUGAAAUUACCAUGUGCAAUAUUAACCUGUCUGUUCUCCCAGUGCUCAUGAGAUAGUCUGUAUUUCUUGGCCAUGUUCUGCAAAAAUACAAGUAAUUACAAGUGCCCUGAAGGAUAAGAAACAGGUUUACAAAGUGUGUGGGUAAUUUAAAGUGCAUUUUGCACCACAUAAUGUACUUAUUCCCCAAAAGCAUCAAAAGACAGUAAGAAAGAUAAUUAGUCCUUGCUGUAGUUAGAGGAUCAUUCUAAUAGCUCUGCACACACACAUUUUGAUUUUCUUUGCUUUAUGAAUACAGAGAAGCAGGUGGUACAGAUAAGCAAAAGGCUGCAGCAUGUCAUCGCCAUGCAGUUAUUUUACACUGAUGCUGUAAAAUGUAUGCAGUGCUUUCUAAACGCUUUCUGAAAAGGAUUACAGUUCCUAGUUUUGAAGCCUGGAAUUAGGAACAGGCUAAAAGUAAAAACUUACAUUUACAAAAAUGUUCUGAAGUGCAGUAAUUAAAUACUUCCCUUACCAACAUUUCUUUGGGGCUUUUUUUCUGUUCACUACAACUGAUGGUUUUGUCAACAUCUGUUAAAAGAGAAAUGCAGCUAGUUGCUUUGGUUGGAGAGCAGCUCUGCCUCUAGACAGCUCAUGAUGAAACCUCCACAGAUGUCCGAGUGGGCAGGAUCUGGCAUGGAGCCAAGUUGGUUAAAAUGACAUUGAAUUCAUGUUUUAUCUUUUCUAAUUUGGGAGCCUGGGAGUCAGUUUGAAGCUUGUGCUUACAAAAGCAAGCACAGCAUCAAAAGGCAUAGGGAUAGAUUAAUGUUGCCUUACCUUCAAGAUUAACACACGCAUUUGUGCUUUUUCAUUAACAGGCUUUAUCAGUAAUUGCUGAAAUUUUGUGAAACUUAUUUUUAAGAUCUUUUGGGGAUGGAAGUUAGGUUACAUUUUAAAUCCAGUGUCUGAUUUUUGUUGUUCACUAUGAUUUCAUCUUUCUGAACAGAGGUGAUUUUUCUUUCUUAAUAUUGGCAUAAUCUUUCCCUGUGUCUAAACUAGCGGUUAAAUUUUGAGGAAGUAUGUAAGAAUACUAAGUGAAGUCUUGCAAAGAAAGUGGAAUUUGUCACACAAGCCACUAUACUCACGCCAAUUUGCUGUGUUUCCUGUGUAAGGAAAGUAUGGUGUAAGUUCUGUGAAUUACAGUCAUUAUUUUGGAGAAGCCGUAAUUGAAAGUUGCUGCCAAAUUCUGUUGGUUCAGCGACCCAAAACAUUCUGAAACGAGGUCAAUCUCUGUUUCUGACAGUCAAGAAAAUUGCCAAGUUUAAGAAAGCAAAGUCACUUCCCUCGUCUGGUCCCCUACCCUUGCCAUAUGGUAGCAUUCGAACUGUAUCAGCAUUCCUAAGCAAGCUCUGUUGAGACAGACUGAAUUAUUUCUUUGUCCAGGGAACAAGGCACCAACACAAACUGAAAAAUACCGAAAAUAUCUCUUUGUUGUGGGACUGUGUGUAAAACUUGCAUUCAUUUUGAUGCAGAUAUCUUGCAUGAAUUUAGGAGUGCUAGGAAUCUGUUGCCUAAUGCUGUUUUUCUGUUUCCCAUACCUGUGUUAGGCUAAUGAUGGGUGCAAGAACUGAAUUUGUUAAUUUCUUUAUUCUUUUUUUCCUAUGUAGAAGGCAGGCAUUGAGGACUUAACCUGUAUAUUAACCAUUCCUGUAUCAUUCCAAUAAAAUUGUUUUAGAAUGCUUUCUCACA